AAACACUCAGCUCUAAGAGACGCUCAGCAGAGAAUCCCCUCAGGAGUUUAAGCUUGAUUUUUAUCUAUGCGCCUCAGUCUCUACACAAAGGGCUGCAGAACCAGAGGCUUGCUUCAAGCAGAAUGGAAGUUCAUAAACUCCUCUCUUUAGGAUACAUCUUGUCCCUGCUUUUUAUUCAGCAGGCUUGGGCUCAGUUUCCAAGAGAGUGUGCCACCACUGAGGCUUUGAGAAAUGGUGUGUGCUGCCCAGACCUGUCCCCUGUGUCGGGGCCUGGGACUGACCCCUGCGGCUCCUCCUCAGGGAGGGGCAGGUGUGAGGCAGUGACUGCAGACUCCCGACCCCACAGCCCCCAGUACCCGCAUGAUGGCCGGGAUGAUCGAGAGGCCUGGCCCACACGUUUCUUCAACAGGACAUGUCGCUGCAAUGGCAACUUCUCAGGACACAACUGUGGGACUUGCCGUCCUGGAUGGAGAGGAACUGCCUGUGACCAGAGGGUUCUCACAGUCAGGAGAAACAUUCUGGACUUAAGUACAGAAGAAAAGAACUACUUUGUCCAGGCCCUGGAUAUGGCAAAGCGUACAACUCACCCUCUGUUUGUCAUUGCCACCAGAAGAUCAGAAGAAAUACUGGGGCCAGAUGGCAACACACCACAAUUUGAGAACAUUUCAAUUUAUAACUACUUUGUUUGGACACACUAUUAUUCAGUCAAAAAGACUUUCCUUGGCACAGGACAGGAAAGCUUUGGUGAAGUGGAUUUCUCCCAUGAAGGACCAGCUUUUCUCACCUGGCACAGGUAUCACCUACUGCAGUUGGAGGAGGACAUGCAGGAGAUGCUACAGAAUCCCUCGUUCUCCCUUCCUUACUGGAAUUUUGCGACUGGGAAGAAUGUUUGUGAUAUCUGCACUGAUGACUUGAUGGGAUCAAGAAGCAACUUUGAUCCCAAUCUUAUAAGCCCGAACUCUGUCUUUUCCCAAUGGCGAGUGGUCUGCGAAUCCUUGGAAGAUUAUGACACCCUAGGAACCCUUUGUAACAGCACUGAAGGCGGGCCAAUUAGGAGGAAUCCAGCAGGAAAUGUGGCUAGACCAAUGGUGCAACGUCUUCCUAAGCCACAGGAUAUCACUCAGUGCUUGGAAGUCGGUUUAUUUGACACACCUCCUUUUUAUUCCAAUUCUACAAACAGUUUCCGAAACACAGUGGAAGGUUACAGCGAUCCCACAGGAAGGUAUGACCCUGCUGUUCGAAGCCUUCACAAUUUGGCUCAUCUGUUCCUGAAUGGAACAGGGGGACAAACCCAUCUGUCUCCAAAUGACCCUGUAUUCAUCCUCCUGCAUACUUACACCGAUGCCAUCUUUGACGAAUGGCUGAGGAGAUACAAUGCUGAUAUAUCCACAUUUCCAUUGGAAAACGCCCCUAUUGGACAUAAUAGACAAUAUAAUAUGGUGCCAUUCUGGCCUCCAGUUACCAAUACAGAAAUGUUUGUUACUGCUCCAGACAACCUGGGAUAUACUUAUGAAGUUCAAUGGCCAAGUCGGAGUUUUCGUAUUUCUGAGAUUAUUACCAUAGCAGUGAUUGCAGCUUUAUUACUGGUUGCAGUCAUUUUUGUGGGUGCUUCUUGUCUGAUUCGAGCCAGAAACAAUAUGGAUGAAGCCAAUCAGCCUCUCCUCACUGACCAGUAUCGACACUAUGCCGAAGAAUAUGAAAAACUCCCGAAUCCGAAUCAAUCUGUGGUCUAACUAUAAAAGGCAUAUUCUCUUAUACGUAUUACAAAACCCAUGGUUGAAAAAUAAUAGAUUAAGUUACUAACUGUA